AAGCACAAAUUCCGUGAAAGUUAGAUCACGUUCACUGCGAUAUCAAAAUUAUCGAUACGAAAUACAAAACCAUACCAUCGAUGGUUUUGCACUACUUUUGCAAAACAGAAAAAAUAUUUAACAAUAUUAAUUAAUCCAAACUACGUGCGUUUAAAAGCAACUACGAUAUUUUCUUGCACAACCGGUCGAGGACUAAGCAACGCCCACACACAUACAAAAUUUGCCAUGGACUUCUCAAAGGCACCCAAUCCACGAAAACUGCAACUGUGCCGUACAUACUUCUAUGCUGGAUUUGCCCUUCUGCCCUUCGUGUGGGCCAUCAAUGUUUGCUGGUGCUUUGAGGAGGCCUUCCGCAAACCCCCAUUCCCGGAACAGAGCCAAUUAAAACGAUUUGUAAUAUACUCUGCUGUGGGAACUUUUUUGUGGCUCGUUGCGAUCAUUGCUUGGAUCAUCACAUUCCAGACGAAUCGCACCGCCUGGGGCGCAACCGCUGACUACAUGAGCUUCAUGAUUCCGCUUGGCAGUGCAUGAGAAAAUGGCCAAGAACUUUAGGCAUAAGUAACUUAUGAUAUUAUAAAAGACUUAACCCAACGCAGAAACCAUAAGCUUCGUUCAUUUUCGGGAAGACACAGAGAAGUUAGCUGUAACCUUGUAAUAGAGAAGGAGGAAUAACUAGUAGUAUUACACCAUGGUUUAAUUACAUAUUUUUUUAUUCACA